ACACUCGCAGACCGGCACCGGUAUAUGUAGCAGUGUAUAUUUCUCUCUCUUUGGUAAACACGAAAGAAUCGCACUAAAAAUUAUACUGAUUACUGAAGCUAAAGAUUAUACCGAUACGCUCGCUACCUGCAGGCUAACUGACGCCGUAAACUGCCGUCAGGCUAAUGCUUGUUUCUGUAUUUGCUGUUGUCAAGGGGAUGCGAAAUCAGUUGUUUUCAACACACUGCUGAAAAGUAUGUUGUGGUAGCGUUCCUUUUAAAGAGUGGCUAUUCGUAAUUAACUAGUAUUUCACAAUGGAUGGAAGUGGUGACUUCCUGGCACGAUCCUGUCAAGAUGAUGGAAUACGAAUGACAAAGAAGUCCCUGCGAAAAAUCUGUAAGGAAACCAGCUUAUAUUUGACACCACAUUUAAACGACGUUUUGUAUCUACAUUAUAAAGGUUUCAGUAAAAUAGAGAACCUAGAAGAAUACACUGGACUGAAGUGUCUGUGGUUACAAAAUAAUGGCAUUGAAAAGAUUGAAAAUCUCGAAAAGCAAACAAAUUUAAAAUGUCUCUUUUUACAUUAUAAUUUAAUUGAGAAAAUCGAAAAUUUAGAAGUGCUGCAAGAGUUAGACACGGUGAAUUUGAGCUAUAAUUCAAUUAGAAAAUUGGAAAAUUUAGAUACUUUGCCAGUAUUGAAUUCAUUGUACAUAACACACAACAGACUUGAAACUGUUGAAGACAUAGAAAUUCUGGCAAAAUGCAAACAGCUGAGUGUUUUGGACUUGUCCUUCAAUCGUUUGGACAGCCCUGACAUUGUUAAUGUGCUUGGUGCAAUGGAAAACCUCAGAGUUCUGACUCUGACAGGAAAUCCUGUACUCAAACACCUUUCCCCAUACAGAAAGCUACUAAUAAUGAACUGCAAACAAUUAUUACAUCUAGAUGAACGUCCUAUAUUUGAUAAAGACAGAGCAUGCACCGAAGCAUGGUUUGCAGGUGGAGAGGAAGCAGAAAGGAAAUUAAGGCAAAAAUUUAUACAAGAUGAGCAAGACAGAUGCCUCAGAAGUGCUUUGGCACUUGUAGAAAUGCGAAACAAAAAGGUUGCAGAGAGAGCUGCACAAGUAGCUGAUGACACACUGCAGUGUAUUGCAUUACUAUUUUCAGAAUAUUCCCAGGUGUCCUACACUAACUACACUUUUGGGACACCAGAAGAUGCACCAUUAGACACUACAGACAGCCAUUCUGAAGAUGUAAAAAAUAGAAACAUUAAUGAUGAGAAAACUGAACAAAAUGUACAAGAGCUUGGAAAGCCAACGGUUUUAAAAGAGGCUAAUGAUGCAGAGUCCAAGCAAAAUGUUGCCCCCAACAACUGUGCAUUUAGUUUAAAUGAUAUUAAUACUGAAGAUAAAAGUACCUUUGAAAGCUAUAACAAAGGAACUGUAGUGGUUAGAGAACAAGAAAAUCUAGGAACUUUAGAACAAUGUGAAAAGACACAUGAGAUGGAUGGAUGUAAGACCAGUGUAUGUGAGGGAAUCAAAACACAUGACACUUAUUCUGCAAAUAAUACAGAAUGUACACAGACUGAGGUAGAAUAUAGUUACUGCCAAGUUUGCACUGAAAAUACAGCAGGAGAAAAGGAGAAGAUUGUGAAGGAUAGUAGGGAAGGUGAAUGUAAUAGCUCGGCUUACUGUGAUAGUGGAAAUGCAAUAGUUUAUGACUGCACAACAGAACAUGAGGUAAAAUGCCAUAGCAAAAAAGUUGUUCCUGAUAUUUCAUGUGAUAUUCAGUUUACAGUAUAUAAAGAAGGAAACAGCACAAUAUGCAAUAUUAGCAGUUCCACCCCUGAAAAAAUGAAACCAGAUUGUUCUAGCAAUGGAGCUUUGGAAAAAGAAAGUCAUAACUCCAGAGUUGAUUGUAAUGUUACUGAAGAAGUUUACGGAGCCAGUGAAUCACUUGUCUUUUGUGCCUCUGAGGAAAAUAUGUUACUGCAUGAUAGUGAUAUACCAACAAAUCUAUGCUGUCUGGAACUUGAAGUCAUCAAUGAUGCUCAAAAUCAAAUAUCUGCUUGUGGUCCUCAACAAGAUAAUGUUGCAGAUGAAUAUGAUGCUGAUAGAAUAGUGGCCCAAAGGACUAAAGAAGAUGAAUGUAUUGCAAUGGAGAAAGAGGAGCAGCAGAUUGAUAAUGCAGAUUAUGGAGAUGAAAGGACAACUUGCUGUAGGGAUCAAAUCUUACCUUGUACACCUUUUACUAAAGGAGCACAUUUGGAAAGGGAAACUAGAAACAUUUUAGAAUACAAUAAACAAACUACAAUUGUCACAUGUAAAGCAGAUGUGUGUGCCCUUGCCUUACAUAAUAAAGAAAAAGUUUCUGAAGUAGCAACUGAUUCUGUUCUGCCAGUUAAUGCAGAAUCAGAGAAAAAUACAUGUGACAGUGACACAGUAAGUUGUGAAUGCAAGAGAACUUGCCAAGAAACCAGCCCUUCUCCCCCCAUGAAAAGACUUGACCAAGAAAACAAAAUACAUAUUCAACUAUUUGAGGAAUCAGAGUGUCUUGAUAACAAAACAAUAGCUUCACUUCACAAUGACAGUACAUUGCCACAAAAUGUAGAGUGCAUGUAUUCAGACCUGGUUUCCCAAAAACAAGAAAUGUCUAACUGUUCUCAGCAAUUUCCAGAAAAUGUGCAAGAUAAUAAUUCCAAUCCUACCUGGAUGACAGGCUACAAGAAAAAUGAUAUAUCCUUGGACAAAGAAACAAAAAAAUUAAGUGAGAAUCCAUAAUAUACUUCUGUGCUUUUAAAAUAUAUAAACAUAUUAUUUUACAACCUAUCAAAAAACUGUUGUUAAUUCAUCAUUCCCAAAUAGUCUGAAGACUGCGUGAAGAUGGAUGGUCAUAUUGUGUGUUUCUGUUCGAUUUACAAAGGAUAAUUUUGCUUAUGCGAGAUUGUUUUUGACAGAAUAAUAUAUUUACAGUCAAAUUGAAAUUAAUUGUGAUAUUGGAAAAUGUACACAACAAAAAUUUUAACUAAAAGUGAGAAAAAUGUAUGUUUAAAUUGAAAUAUAAUUUUGUAUUUUGUUAAUCAGAUUGCUUUAUGGUGGGUGUAGAGAUGAUUUCUGGCAACAAUUGGAUUACAUUUCAACACCAUAAAAUGUAAAUAAUUAUUCUCACUGCCUAAUAAAAUGCAUAAUACACCACAUAUUUGGUAAAGGAAGAAUGUACUUCUUAUGGAAAGCACUUACUUGUAACAUAGUUAAAUUGAGUAUAUGAUGAAAACACUGUCUUCCACUUAAAUGUAAAAAUAUGUUCUCAAUAUGUGGUAAAAUGUUUGUGCUAACAUGGCCACUUGUGCGAUAAUGUUGCCCAUCUCUUUGAACAAGCUGUAAUCUAAAAUUGUUGUCGAGUGGUGUUGCUGACUGUUAUUUACAGGUUCAACAUUAAAAAAAAACCUGCAAGUGUAGUUUGGUCAAGUGACAGAUCAAUACUUUUGUUGUUACUAACUGUUGCAUUUCAGGCUGCUGAAGAUUCAUGUGGCAUCAUUCAUGUGACCAACAUUAUGUAAUCGUAACUCACAUUUAUUAUUGGUUUAUCAAUAUUAUACACACGCUUCAAACAUGUUUUAAACUCCACCUGUCUGUCUUCUUCAAGAUUGUUAAUAAGUAUUCCCUCUUCUUUACAUACUGAUUUGUUCAAGAUUUUUUUAUAAUAUAUGCAACAAUUCCAAUGCAAACCGUCUCUUUCCUGUGAGAACAAAUUGAUAAGUUUGUGACUAUACAAAAUAUUAAUAUUUUCCAAAAAAAAGCAACUUUGUAUCUCAAGAUGCCUCCUUUCAGCUCAAGUCACCACGCCCAAUGUUUCCUCACUUUUUUUUUUAUUCUCCUAAAAAUACAAUUGUCACAGUCUCCAAAUUGUGAGUUUGUUUCUGCCAUUAUGUCUUCAUCGGACUGAGCCAAUUUUUCAUUUUGUGAUGAGCAAGAAAACGCUCAGAGCCAAGAACAUUUUCUCCACCAUAUGGUAUCAUUUCUGUAACAAUUUCUUGUAAAAUCAAUCCAUUAAUGCACAAUAAUAUGAGCCUCUGCCAGAUAGUCUAUAAAUAUUGUGUGGGUGAGUACUCCAAAAAACCUUAGCUGUGAGUUUUUGUGACAAUUUAUUUAUUUAUUUAUUUAUUUAUUGUUCCGUGGAACAAAAUUAAGGAGAAGUCUCUAUGGUC